GAACCUUCGGUUCUAGCUCUGCAACUGAGAACAAGAGCUUAGUCGAUUCUUUACUCUCAGAUCUAUCUAUCACAAUAAUAUGCCAGCGAUUCUCUGCAACAACGAUGAAGAGAUUCGGUAGUGUUCGAAUGUCUCUCUCUGUGUUUUACCAUCAACACUGAAAGUGGUUCAACAUUGUAGGGUUUAGGUGCUUCGGCGGCAAAUCGAAAUUGGGAAGAUUGCAUAUCUUUAGUUUGGAUUCUCUCUCUUGCAUUCCAAGCUCUUCCGAUCGUCAGACUCAUAACCUUAAGGACGGAAAUAUUCAGGCUUGUUAUUUUCCCUGAAGAGCAAGAGAAAAAAAAAUCUUAAUCGAUUCAUCUGCAGGAGCCAGUUCUGUUCUCAGCAUCAUGGCAAGGAGGGACCGGAAAAUCCAGCAUUUAUCCAUGCGACUCCAGGUGUUCAAAUGCUCACUGGAGGUGAUAUUCUAGGACAUCAAUACAGCACACCAAAUUCUGUAAGUUCUUUUCAUGUUGAUACUCAUAUCAUUUCCGGAAUGAGACUAUUUAGCAAUGAGAAUUGGGUAAUGUAAGCUCUCUUAAGCAAUGAAAAAUUGGGAUAGGAAGUGCAUUGUCAAGGGGAAUUGGAUGGGAAUCUUUGAGUUGGAUUUUAAAGUUGAUGCCUCUAUAUGAACACAAGAGAAGCUACUAUGCUAACUUCUGCGUUAAAUGUUAUGGCAAGUUAAGGAGCCUGGAGACAACGAGAACAACAAGUGGAAACUCGAAACUUUGAGAUUGAGCCUCUCCUUUGUAUAAUAGCAGUACCUAGUCUAUACCCCACUCUAUGUUGUAAUCAAGUUUUGGGUCACAAAUUACAUUGGUAUUUUUCGAACCACAAUCUUUGAAUUAACAAUGUCAGAAGGGACAUCACACUUGAUUGAUUCGCAUAGCGGAGGGGAUCAAGAUGCAUCUCUUCAUCCCCUCGCCGUUCGUCUUCAUGAAAUUUUGAGCUCAUGCUCCAAAUCAGUCGAAAUUGGAGAUUUGAAGUCCACAGAAGCCGUUACCAUGGUUGUUGACUUCCUAGACUCCAUCAGCAGUGCUGCUGUAUCUGCCCCCGACAGCCAGGAUUCAAAGGAGAAGGAUGCAUUAGUGGUCCUUACUGAGCUUAUGAGUUUCAUUAGCUCUCCUUCAGUGGACCAGGAAGUGAUCGAUGCCUUAUCAUUUGAGUUGCCCAAGGCAGUUGCCAAGUUCGGAGAAGUGUCACAUAAAUGUCAGGAGCUUGUCGAAAAUCUAGUGACCCACCUUAUAUCAACUUGCAAUCCACGGGAUAUGCUUUCGGUUCUCUGCGAUGCAUUAGAUUCCCCUGAUAAGAUGGUCUUGACACCUGCUUACAUUGCUCCUCUUCUGAGCGGGCUUUCGAAAGUCUUUCUUUGCAUUCAGAGACGUGUCUUUGAACAAAUAAAAGCAGCAGUCCCUGGAAUCCUGAAAGCUCUAGAGGUUGUGUCUUCAGAGUCAGAUGAUGAAGAGAAAAAUCCCAUUAAGGAUUUGAUUAGCAGAAUAAUAAGCAUUUCCACUGCUAUGCAGUCAGCUUCCCAAAAGUUGGAGGGCAGAAGAAAAGAAGAGCUCAAUGCUCUACUUGGCCUUUUUGUGCUGCAAAUAAUGGCUCUUCUUUCAAGGGGCAUGACAAACAAACUUCAAGUGCAAAGCUGUGUUCCCCUGGUGGUACAACUGUCACGCUUCCUUCCAGUUUGUGGUUUGUCAUAUAUUGGUCUUAUAACUGGAUGUGACAUUAGUGCCUUCACUAACAUUGUUUGUGGAGAGGAUGGUGAUGAUGGUUAUGCGAGUUGCUUUUUCUUUGUCAAACAUGGAGCAGCUCUUGCAGUAAUCUGGGGUCAUACCAAUGAUGAGGUUUCAGGGGCUGCUGAGGAGGAUUUGGCUGGAGUGAAGGAUAUAGUUCGUAGUAGUAAAACUAAAACAUGGGAAGCAGUUGGCAUGCUAAAAUACAUACUCUCCUCAGUGGAUCAACCAUGGUUACUGAAGAAACAUGCUAUUGACUUCUUAUUGUGUAUUAUGGAUAGAAAUACCUCUCAAAGUCAAAACUGUAUAGAUGAACAUACAGAUUGCUUAAUCUAUAUGCCUAGUCUAUUUUCUGCCAUACAGGCACUUGAAAAGGUCAUAAUAUAUGCCUCAGAUGCAGAAUUAAGGAAGAAUGCUUUUUCUGCAUUGAAGAGGGUACUUACUGAUAUUCCAUCUUAUCAAAGGUUUGACAUUUUAAAGGCUUUGCUUACAAAUAAUAACUUUCCUUCCAUGAUUGCAAUUCUUUUAGAUCUUGUUAGAGAGGAAAUGCGAAAAGAUAUGGAAAUCAUAAAAGUAGAGAAUACUGCUGAUAAAAGCACGCCAUUUUGGAGUUCUAAUGUCCUUGAAUUUGUGGAGCUGGUCCUGAAGCCUCCAAAGGGAGGGCCUCCUUCCCUUCCUGAGGAUAGUGAUGCGGUAUUAUCCGCUCUCAACUUGUACAGAUUCAUAUUGAUAUCCGAGUCAACAGGAAAGACAAACUACACUGGGGUGCUAUCAGAGAACUCUUUACGUAGGGCUUACAUGGAGUGGCUUCUACCUCUGCGGAUGUUAGUGACAGGGAUUAUGGCAGAAAAUGAGGAGGAUUACUCUCAGAUUGCAGACGACAUACUUUGCGGCUUAAAUCCCAUUCAGUUGGUUUUAUAUCGCUGCAUUGAACUCAUUGAAGACAAGCUGAAAAAUCCUGCUUAAUUUUUGUAGUUUGCUAUGAAACUCUAGUCUGUGGUGCUAUUGAAGGUAUGGCAGAAUUUUUAUUGUACUUGCAUCAAUGUGCUAGGCCUGCUAUGUAUAUGACAUGUAUGUGUAAAAUAUUUGAAAAACGUUUAUUAUGAAAGAGCAUAUUUAUUAUUUA